AUGGCUGCCGGCAUCGUGGCGCUCGCAAUUCUCUGGCGCAAGUUAAAUGUUGGCCGUAGACUGGCCACCGCUAAUCUUCGGUCCAUGAGGAAUCCGCCACUUGCAGCGCUAUUGCUCAGAGACGGCACGAUCGAACUGACAGCAUUACUACUACUGAUCAUAUUGUCAUUCAUGAACUCCAGCGCUGCAGAUGUUAUCGCAAAUUUGGAAUUCGCACUGUAUCCCGUUCUGACCUCUCGCGUCCUCCUCAACACCCGAGCCGCAGUGCGACCUGCGCGCGGAGAACAGUCCCAAACAUCCUCUUUCGUCCGGUCGCGGCGUGGAAUCCAGACACAAGCCGACGUCGAAAACAUGUCAUUCGAAUUAAAUGUCCUCAACAGCGCCGAACAAGCGCUGGAGAGCGAUCGCUCUAACCCGCAAGAGUCUAUUGAACGUGAUCAAAUUGUUGUCGAACCGCGAAGCAUGGCAAACAAUGUUGUUACUGCCGGCGAUGCUCAACAGGACGUGGUCGAAGAAGAGGCCAGGAUGGACGAUGUCGAGGAAGAGAUGCUCUCGGACUGGGAGAAUGACGUAUGA